UCCAGCUUGUAGGUUCGUUCCGUUCACCGACGAAAUUGUGAGCCGUAUUUCAAACAAUCGGUUACGCAAAACUUCGGGCUCGCGCUUGGAAACCCACCUCGACCAAAGACGCUUCCCAGCUGACAUGUUUCCAUCAGGUGUCGCAUCUCGAAAGGGCUUCAUUCGUACUCGCUGGCGUAUUGAUGGCUGUGUUGUGGAAUUCGUUAACGUCCACCUGUUCAAUGACUCUGACAAUUUGGUAUCGGUGAAAGAGCACCCUAGCAUUUAUGCCCAGUGUCGCUCAAGAGGACUGCGUUGGCUGAUGGAGCUGAUCCGUUCGGACAGCGUUCCUGGACAGCAUGUGGCAAUUUUUGGAGACUUCAAUUUCCGUUUGAAUUUACCUGCGCUUCUGGAGCAUCUAUGUCAUGGAGAACAAGCACCACUUUCUCUGGAACUGGUGGAACCCGGUGGGACUACCUCCCUUCAUCCGUUGGCCCCUAAGGACUGUGAACCUGACCCGGCGUCUCCAAAUGCUAAGACAUCCGGUCGGCCACUGAUGAAUGAUCGUGACAUUAACCCGACGGUAGUCAUUGGACGGCGUGUUUUCGAUUUGCAUGGGGUACUUGCCGAUCAUUGGAAAUAUUCCACUGGUCUCCUCAGUUUCGAUACCGAGGUGGGUGUUUUCGCAGAUCAGCUGAAGGAAUUACCCAUUACGUUUCCUCCCAGUUAUCCAUUUGACAUGGCUUCAAGCAAUCCUCAUGCGUACGCAGGAACCCGUUGUCCUGCCUGGUGCGAUCGCAUAUUGUUUUCUCCCAAUAUGCUGGUGAAACUACGGCCUCCAAUUGAACCGUCGGAAAGUACAUGCCCAGUUACUUAUGAUAUGUUGGCAAAGGAUUCCACCGUAGGGGAUCACAAGCCUGUCUACCUGUACUUCUCCCUGGAUACUUCCCCGGGCUGAACAUCGGGUGUUUCGCGGGCCGUUCAGCGCCAUUCGCCAAUCAGCAUUCUCAGUCCUUUUUAUCCCAAAUUUGUACAUGCAUCUUUCCUGUACUUUAGUUUAGAGUCCCUCGUUCCUCUUAAGUUCUUGCGCUCCAUAUCACGCAUGUUUAUUUUUGAAACAGAUACACUGAUUCGGUAGGUCUUUU